GAUAAUCUUCUUACAAAACCGAACUCCGGCGUUAUCAACGGUGGAGAUAACUCUCUUUCUUAGAUCCAACGGUUCACAUUCGAAGUCGUUGUUCCCAGUAAACCUCGCGUUCUGUAGUGUGGUGACCCAAAAAGAAGAUUAGAUAAACCCAAAAAUGUGUUGCAAUGUCUUCCUUUGAUUUCCUCAAUUUCUAGGGUUUCGAAAGGAAAAAUAAUGACUUCAAUCGAAUUGCUAAGUCCAUUGAUUCACGAUAAGUUUCGAUUCUCAACUUGUUGUAGUAGUAGUAGUUUAUUGUAUUUGCAUGCUUCGAGCUUUUUCCGAGAUCGGUCUUUUUGUUUUCGUCAAAAUCCGAAUCGAUUUGUCUCCAAUUCAAUUCAACUUCCUCAAUCAGUUACAGGGUCGAUAAACCAUGAAAGGUUCAAUCUUUGGCAAGGGUUUUCGAGGAAGAAGAGUACUAGUAGUAGAACGAUUGUGAAUUGUCAAGAAGGUGAUCAGAAAGCUAGCUCAAGUGAAGGAGAAGGAAAGGCGAAUUCGAAUUCGUCGAAGCAGAAAGGAGGGAAGCAAGGUAAGAAUGGGUUAUGGUGGUCUAAAGGGAAGAAAUGGCAGUGGGAACCGAUCAUUCAAGCGCAGGAGAUUGGUGUUUUGUUACUACAAUUGGGUAUUGUUAUGUUUGUGGUGCGAUUGCUUCGACCUGGAAUCCCGUUACCGGGUUCGGAGCCUCGCACACAGACGACGUUUAUGAGUGUACCGUAUAGUGAUUUCUUGAGUAAAGUUAACAAUGAUGAGGUUCAGAAAGUGGAGGUGGAUGGGGUUCAUGUUUUGUUUAAGUUGAAAGAUGAUGGGAAUUUGCAGGAGAGUGAAACUAAUAGUAGUAAGCUCUCUGAUUCGUCGGAGACUAUGCUUAGAAGUGUGGCUCCGACUAAAAGAGUUGUGUAUUCCACUACUAGGCCGAGGGAUAUUAAAACGCCGUACGAGAAAAUGCUUGAGAAUAAUGUGGAAUUCGGGUCGCCUGAUAAGCGCUCUGGUGGCUUUUUCAACUCUGGAUUGAUAGUUCUAUUCUACAUUGCAGUGCUUGCAGGGCUUCUCCACCGAUUUCCUGUUAACUUUUCCCAGAGUACAACGGGACAGCUGAGGACACACAAGUCUGGUGGUCCUGGUGGGGGAAAGGUUUCUGGUGAAGGUGAAACAAUCACUUUUGCAGAUGUUGCUGGUGUUGAUGAAGCAAAGGAAGAGCUGGAAGAGAUUGUGGAAUUUCUCAAGAAUCCCGAUAGGUAUGUCCGUCUAGGUGCUCGUCCCCCUCGUGGUGUCUUAUUGGUCGGUCUCCCUGGAACAGGGAAAACCCUUCUUGCAAAAGCUGUUGCUGGGGAAUCUGAUGUCCCCUUCAUAAGUUGCUCUGCAAGUGAGUUUGUAGAGCUGUAUGUUGGCAUGGGUGCUUCACGCGUAAGGGAUCUUUUUGCACGGGCCAAGAAGGAGGCUCCGUCAAUUAUAUUUAUUGAUGAGAUAGAUGCUGUCGCGAAAAGCCGUGAUGGUAAAUUCAGAAUGGUUAGCAAUGAUGAAAGGGAGCAAACCUUGAAUCAGUUGCUCACUGAGAUGGAUGGUUUUGACAGUAGCUCUGCAGUUAUUGUUCUUGGAGCUACUAAUCGAGCUGAUGUCUUAGACCCCGCCCUGCGUCGGCCUGGGAGAUUUGAUCGUGUUGUUACGGUGGAAACACCUGACAAAGUUGGAAGAGAAUCCAUUUUGAAAGUUCACGUUUCAAAGAAAGAGCUUCCUUUGGGAAAUGAUGUCAACCUAGCUAGUAUUGCCUCAAUGACCACCGGUUUUACUGGGGCAGACCUUGCAAACCUGGUUAAUGAGGCUGCUUUGCUAGCGGGAAGGAAGAGCAAGAUGACGGUUGAAAAAAUUGACUUCAUUCAGGCUGUCGAGCGAUCUAUAGCGGGCAUAGAGAAGAAAACAGCAAGGUUAAAAGGUAGUGAGAAAGCUGUGGUUGCAAGGCAUGAAGCUGGGCAUGCUGUUGUUGGUACCGCUGUUGCAAGUCUUCUUCCUGGACAGUCCCGUGUUGAGAAAUUAAGCAUAUUACCAAGAUCAGGAGGGGCAUUGGGCUUUACAUACAUUCCUCCAACGCAUGAAGACAGAUAUUUGCUCUUCAUUGAUGAACUACAUGGCCGCUUGGUAACACUUCUUGGAGGUCGUGCAGCUGAAGAGGUUGUUUACUCGGGGCGUAUAUCAACAGGUGCACUUGAUGAUAUCAGGAGAGCAACCGACAUGGCUUAUAAGGCAGUAGCUGAAUAUGGUCUUAACCAGAAAAUCGGACCCGUCUCUGUGGCUACGCUUUCUGCUGGUGGGAUUGAUGACUCUGGGGGAUCACCUUUUGGAAGAGAUCAGGGGCAUCUAGUUGAUCUUGUUCAAAGAGAGGUGACAAAUUUGUUGCAAUCUGCUCUGGAUGUCGCGUUGACUGUUGUUCGCGCUAAUCCAGAUGUAUUAGAAGGGCUCGGUGCUCAACUGGAAGAUGAAGAGAAAGUAGAAGGUGAAGAGUUGCAGAAAUGGUUAAAUAGAGUAGUGCCAUCAGAGGAACUUGCAGUAUUCAUCAACGGAAAACGAGCUGCUUUGCUUCCAGCACAAGCUAGCUCCAGUUAACGUGUACAAAGCCUCUUGUUAUCUCUAUCUCUCAGGUCAGGCCUGUGUAAGCAUCGAUGAUGACUCUGCCUCACUUAUAAGAAUCAAAAAGCUAAAAGGAUCUACCUACCUCUCUGGCGAGUCCUGGCCAUCGAUGACUUGGUAUGUAUAGGAAAAAAAAAGCUUUUACUUGGUAUCAAACAGAGCAUGUGUUGUUGUAUUUGCUACCUUUUUUCUGCAAAGUUAUUGGCAAUUGUAUUAUUGUUCCACUUGUAUAUAUACAGAGACCACUUAUGUUAAUAUACAACUUCCUAUGGA